AUGUCCCCUGCUAUCAACCACUUUCAAGAUAAUGUUCAUGAGAAGAAUGACGAUGUUCAGAUAACAGAUGAAGUUGCUGAUGCUACUCAGGAUGUCACGGACAACAAUGAGAAUAAUCCUAAUGAUGAUUCAGGUAAUAAUGUUGUGGAUCUUGAUGAUAUAUCUGAUAAUGAACUGGUUGCCAAUGUAAAUCCCAACAUAGCAAAAAGGCUUAUGACUAGGAAAGGUAGGAAAAUAGCUGAUCAGAAUCCUCCCAAGAGAAGAGUUCCAAAGACUACUUCAACUGGACCCCUCAGGAGUAAAGCUGGCUCCAAAGAUAAUUCCACUGGUCCUAGUAAAAGUAAGGAUAUACCCAAGAGCACCCCAGUUGGUCCUACCAAGACCUGGAGCAAAGUUUCUCUCAAGAAGAGGAAGGAUAGUAUCAUUGAAAAUUCAGAUUCUGAUGUUGAAAUGGAUAUUCAAGACAUUCCACUAGAGAAAGAAGCCAGUCAAGAUGAUGACACUGAUGAAGUUGCUGCAGAUGGUGAACUCAGUAGCUCUAAGUCUGAAGACUGA